GCUUGUCAUUCGGUGUGGCUGUCUCCCAGCUGAUAGGGUGACGUCGGGUUUGGAGGCUUGGAGAUUGGCUUUUUGAUUUGGCUUCUUGCGGAGGCUUAAUGGGCAAAGCUCUAGGCUCGCCCAGAAACCGGCCCCUACGCUCGUCCCCUCUGCACGCUGCGAGGCCGAGACGUCUCCCGCGGUGACGGCGGGCGAGGUUGAGUCGCGCGCUCCCAGCCUCGGGAAAGCCCGGGCGACGCGGCAGCCAGCCCCCGCCGGGGUCCCUCCGAGCCGCCAGGGCGCGCCGCGCUGCUCUCCGUCCCGCCCCUCCCGCAGGGAUCCCCAGGCGAAGGCGGCCGGGACUCCGGGCCUUGCCCGGGCCACUCUCGGGCCAUCCGUGUUCCUUGGCUCGGCGCCGAGGGUCCGCACUCUGCGCCCUGAGCCCUGGCCCCCCGGCGCUCGAGUUCCAAAUGCGUUGCCCCGCAGCCCCCUGACAGCUGCCAGCCCGCGAGCUCCGGCGGGUGGCCGCGGCGGACUGUCAUGCCCUGGACGCCGCUGCAGCCGGCCCGCAGCCCGCGGGGGCGAUGAGCCGCUGCGGCCGGUGAGGAGCCGGGCGGCUCGGGCAUCGCGCACCUUUCUAACCCGCCUCACUUGCCCAUCGGGCUCCGGAGGCUGAGGGGAAUCGGUCUCAGGCCUGUCAGGAGGACCAUUGGUGCUGCGGUGGAGCAGGAAGCUAAGUCUUGUGUAUGGCGUGGUUACGGUUGCAGCCUCUCACCUCUGCCUUCCUCCAUUUUGGGCUGGUUACUUUUGUGCUCUUCCUGAAUGGUCUUCGAGCAGAGGCCGGUGACUCGGGGGAUGUGCCCAGUGCAGGCCAGAACAAUGAGUCCUGUUCGGGGUCAUCGGACUGCAAGGAGGGGGUCAUCCUGCCAAUCUGGUACCCAGAGAACCCUUCCCUUGGGGAUAAGAUUGCUAGGGUCAUUGUCUAUUUUGUGGCCCUGAUAUACAUGUUUCUUGGGGUGUCUAUCAUUGCUGACCGCUUCAUGGCGUCGAUUGAAGUUAUCACCUCCCAGGAGAGGGAAGUUACUAUCAAAAAGCCCAAUGGAGAGACCAGCACAACUACAAUUAGGGUCUGGAAUGAAACUGUUUCCAAUUUGACCCUGAUGGCCCUGGGCUCAUCUGCUCCAGAGAUUCUCUUGUCUCUGAUUGAGGUGUGUGGUCACGGGUUCAUUGCUGGUGACCUGGGACCAUCCACCAUCGUCGGCAGCGCAGCCUUCAACAUGUUCAUCAUCAUUGGCAUAUGCGUCUAUGUGAUCCCGGACGGGGAGACCCGGAAAAUCAAGCACCUGCGAGUCUUCUUCGUCACUGCUGCUUGGAGCAUCUUUGCCUAUAUCUGGCUCUACAUGAUCCUAGCAGUCUUCUCUCCUGGUGUGGUCCAGGUGUGGGAAGGCCUCCUUACCCUCUUCUUCUUUCCAGUGUGUGUCCUGCUGGCUUGGGCGGCAGAUAAGCGGCUGCUCUUCUACAAAUACAUGCACAAAAAAUACCGCACAGAUAAACACCGAGGAAUUAUCAUUGAGACAGAGGGCGAGCACCCUAAGGGCAUUGAGAUGGAUGGGAAAAUGAUGAACUCUCACUUCCUAGAUGGGAACCUGGUCCCCUUGGAAGGGAAGGAGGUAGAUGAGUCUCGCAGGGAGAUGAUCCGGAUUCUUAAGGAUCUGAAACAAAAACACCCAGAGAAGGACUUAGAUCAGCUGGUGGAGAUGGCCAAUUACUAUGCCCUUUCCCACCAACAGAAGAGCCGCGCUUUCUACCGCAUCCAAGCCACCCGCAUGAUGACAGGUGCAGGCAAUAUACUUAAGAAACAUGCAGCAGAGCAGGCCAAGAAGACCGCGAGCAUGAGCGAGGUGCACACGGAAGAGCCCGAGGACUUUGCCUCCAAAGUCUUCUUCGACCCGUGUUCCUACCAGUGCCUGGAGAACUGUGGAGCUGUCCUCCUGACUGUGGUGAGGAAAGGAGGGGACGUGUCCAAGACCAUGUACGUGGACUACAAAACAGAGGAUGGCUCUGCCAAUGCCGGGGCCGACUAUGAGUUCACAGAGGGCACGGUGGUUCUGAAGCCAGGCGAGACCCAGAAGGAGUUCUCGGUGGGCAUCAUUGACGAUGACAUUUUUGAGGAGGACGAGCACUUCUUUGUGAGGCUGAGCAAUGUCCGUGUGGAAGAGGAGCAGCUGGAGGAAGGGAUGCCCCCAGCCAUGCUCAAUAGUCUUCCCUUGCCUCGGGCUGUCCUGGCCUCCCCUUGUGUGGCCACAGUGACCAUCUUGGAUGAUGACCAUGCAGGAAUUUUCACUUUUGAAUGUGAUACCAUUCAUGUCAGUGAGAGCAUUGGCGUUAUGGAAGUCAAGGUUCUGAGGACAUCAGGUGCCCGGGGCACAGUCAUCGUUCCUUUUAGGACAGUAGAAGGGACAGCCAAGGGUGGUGGUGAGGACUUUGAGGAUACGUAUGGGGAGCUGGAGUUCAAGAAUGAUGAAACUGUGAAAACCAUAAGGGUUAAAAUAGUAGAUGAGGAGGAAUACGAAAGGCAAGAGAAUUUCUUCAUUGCCCUUGGUGAACCGAAAUGGAUGGAACGUGGAAUAUCAGCGCUCCUGUUAUCUCCAGAGGUGACAGACAGGAAGCUGACUAUGGAGGAAGAGGAGGCCAAGAGAAUAGCAGAGAUGGGAAAGCCAAUAUUGGGUGAACACCCCAAACUAGAGGUCAUCAUUGAAGAGUCCUAUGAGUUCAAGAGUACAGUGGAUAAGCUGAUCAAGAAGACAAACCUGGCGCUGGUUGUGGGGACCCAUUCUUGGAGGGACCAGUUCAUGGAAGCCAUCACUGUUAGUGCAGGGGAUGAAGAUGAGGAUGAAUCGGGAGAGGAGAGGCUGCCUUCCUGCUUUGACUACGUCAUGCACUUCCUGACAGUCUUCUGGAAGGUGCUUUUUGCCUGUGUGCCCCCCACGGAGUACUGCCACGGCUGGGCCUGCUUUGUGGUCUCCAUCCUCAUUAUUGGCAUGCUCACCGCCAUCAUCGGGGAUCUGGCCUCUCACUUCGGCUGCACAAUUGGGCUCAAGGAUUCAGUCACAGCUGUUGUCUUUGUGGCAUUCGGCACCUCUGUGCCAGAUACAUUCGCCAGCAAAGCUGCUGCCCUGCAGGAUGUGUAUGCAGAUGCCUCCAUUGGCAAUGUCACCGGCAGUAAUGCUGUCAACGUCUUCCUGGGUAUUGGCUUGGCCUGGUCCGUGGCCGCCAUCUACUGGGCCAUGCAGGGACAGGAGUUCCAUGUGUCUGCUGGCACUCUAGCCUUCUCGGUCACUCUUUUCACCAUCUUUGCAUUCGUCUGCCUCAGUGUACUCUUGUACCGUCGGCGGCCCCACCUGGGCGGGGAGCUCGGAGGUCCCCGUGGCUGCAAGCUUGCCACUACGUGGCUCUUCGUCAGCCUGUGGCUCCUCUACAUACUUUUUGCCACACUGGAGGCCUACUGCUACAUCAAGGGGUUCUGAACCACCAGAGCAAGACCUCCACAGGGCAGGCCUGGAGCUUCUCCGAAGAGAAGGGCGCUUCCUCUCCAACCUCUCCAGGUUGAGCGCAGCCCUGGAGAAGCAGCAUCGGGACCCAAGCCCCAGGAACGUCACCUGACCUAGGCCCUGGCACUGCACAGAAAGGGCAAAAAAAUCUAACCAAUCCAAUGGAAUGGAGGAGACACCACCUGUCCAAAGUAUUUAAUUAACAACAAACCAACAGCAGCAACAAAUCCACCUCUACCCCAUCCUCCAUUCAUGUCCCCGAGCCGUCUCUUGUGUAUCCCACUAUUCCUUUGACUCUAGUUCCCUGCAGGGCAGGAUUUCCCCUGCCUCCCGUGACAUGCAUCAAGACUCCCUCAUUCAGCUGUUAGGGUGUGAGGACGAGCCAUCUCCACAUGGCUGAUUUUGGGGUGCUCUCUUCAUCAAAUUGCCAGUGUGAUCACUUUCGUCUCCCUGCCAGGCUCCACUUAUUGUCUUGUCUUUUCUUUCUGAAGUUAGUGACAAAGGUCCCUGAAGGAACUCCAAGUCUGAGCGACAGAUGGAGGCAUGGGCUUGCUGACACACACCCUCCUGCUCUCACAAAGCCGCAGCUGUCUCUUGGCUCCAACUCAGGGUGCAGGAGGAGUUUCGUCUGCUUGCAUUGACAUCACACCAAAAUUACAGCGCAGUCACACUCAUCUUUACGGAGGUCAUUCUGCUUCUCCGUGUUGUAUGUCAGCCCCUGUAUGUGUGCCCUCCCACAGAGACACUUGCCAAGUUGAGGCUUGGUAAUAGGAAAUAAGAGUCCCCCAUGCUGACCAAGGGCAGCUGGAGAAAUAGAAGGGAAACCCCCUCCAAUGUUCUGGUGUUUGUGUCUGAGGUGGGAGAGAAGAGGGUGCCCAACUGGGGAGGUCUCUAAGGGAAUGGAUCACAUGUAGAGGGUUGGUGUUUCUGGAGAAUGCCGGCAUUACCACCCCUCCCUCGCCAGUGCGCCAUACUCAAAAGGCUAAGGAGAUUGCUUGAAGUGAUGUGAGAAUUUGGAGGUUUCUAAGAGAACAGGGGGCCCCUUCCUCCUCUCCUGGCCUUCAGGCCACUUUUGAAAGCAUGCCCACAAGAUAGGAACUGGAAUCUCUCAUUUCCCCCAUGUUCCUGCUUGUUUUUAAGCCUCAGAAAGUUCUCGACCCAGCCUGUGGGGUAUUUCUUAUACCCCCUCCUUUCCCAGGAAUCCAAGUCAUCACAUUCCCAAAGAGCCAGGGCUCUUAGAAAAUGAGGAUGGACACACUGACACCCCCCCCCCCAGACCUUUUCCUGACGUAUUUGAAAAGUCCUGGCUUUAACACACACACACACACACACACACACACACACACACAUACACACACUACAAAACUGCCCACGGGUCUUGAGGCUUUCUGCAUUGACAUAAAUACAUUUUCUAAGACAGAAAAAAAUGAAAUUAAAAUAACACCUGUUUAAUUUUGAACACAUUUUUUUAAGAAAAAAAGAAAACAAUGUUCGUGUCCUAAGCUAUGUUGACAGUUGCUGGUGGAAAUGUUGGGUUGGUUCAAAAAAAUAAAUAAAUAAAAGUGA